AUGCAAUCCCCAGUCUACAAGACGCAGUACAAGACAGUCAAUGGCUCGUUUAAUCGGACAUUUUUUCGCGGACUCUACCAGGGGUUCGGACCUACGAUAAUCACUGGGAUACCUUCAUCAGCGGCGUUUUUCACGAUAUAUGAAAGACUAAAGACAGUUACUCAAGACGCGAAGUCGGCAGGUAGCGCGGUAGCAGACCUCGUGAGCUGUGCCAUCAUCAACCCUGCCGAGGUGUUAAAGCAGAAUGCGCAGAUGCAUGGAGGCGAUGCCCUUAAGCCUGUCAACUCACGGCAGUCCCCAACGCUUCUCGCUGUAAAACAUUUCGCUAGAAAUCCGGGGAGGCUAUGGGCCGGGUAUACUGCUUUGGCGGCAAGUCACCUGCCCGCAACUAGCCUAAGCUUCUGUCUCUAUGAGUUGCUAAGAGAAAGGUUUCUUGGAGAGGUUCCGCGCCAGCGACUUGAAGCCAGCGCAUCUCGCCAAGUAGCCGUGAGCACAUUCAGUGGAGCUCUUGCCGGCGGCUUUGCAUGCACGCUCUUCGUGCCCGUUGACGUUGUGAAGACUCGAAUGAGGCUUGCUGCUGGGAACACACCGCGCCUCGGUCCUCUGGAUGUGGCGAAUGGCAUUUUUCGGAAGGAGGGCAUUCACGGCUUGUUUAGAGGCGGCACACUGAGUUUCUUGGCAUCAGCAUUGGGUUGUGGACUCUAUCUAGGCUCGUAUGAGGCUUGCAUUCUGUUCUUGUAA